AGAUGGCAGGAUGGACAAGGCUUGGGAUUGUUUUCAUAACAUGUCCAGAAGGGGUUUACAGCCAGACGUGUUUACUUAUAAUUCUUUGAUACGCAGCCUAUGUGAAUUGCAUGAGCUGGAAAAGGCUCAAAAGUUGUUUAAAAAUAUGCUAAGCAAAGGCUGCUCCCCAAAUGUUGUUACCUACAGCACUCUGAUUGAUGGUUUAUGUCAGAGUAACAGGGCAAAGGAAGCAUUUGCACUUAUUUCUGAGAUGGAAAAUAGGGGACAUCUUCCUAAUGUAAUUACAUAUAAUUCACUAAUAUGUGCAUUUUGUAGAACGAGAGAAAUGAACAUGGUAGGAAAGAUUUUAGAGGAGAUGGCGACAAGGGAUUUGAAACCUGAUGAAGUGACAUACAACAAAGUCAUUGAUGGCCUGUGCAAGGCAGGAGAUUUUUCUAGAGCGCAUUCACUCUUAAAUAAGAUGCUAGAUGAAGGCUUGACUCGUGAUGUAGUCACUUAUAGCUGUCUGAUUGACGGCCAUUGCAAAAUUGGUGAAUUGGAUAAGGCCUUGAAGUAUUUUUCAAAGAUGAAAGUGGUUGGUAUUGCUCCGAAUGUUGUAACCUAUACUAUAUUGAUUGAUUCUCUAUGCAAGGAAAACAAACUUGACAUGGCUCUCUCGAUGUUGAAAGAGUUGAUUACAAAAGAUUUAGUUCCAAAUGUUGUAACAUACAAUACAUUAUUAUACACCUUCCGUAAAAGACAUGACCUUGAAAAAACGUUUUUGGUGAUGGAUCAAAUGAAGAAAGAAGGUUGUGCUCCAAGUGAUGCAACUGUCAGGAUACUUGACUGGCUGGUUAAAGAUGGUCAAAUGCAAAAAUUAAAGGACUUUGUAAAUGAUGAUUCUUUUAUUAUUUCUAGGGCAGCAUAGUUCUCAUGUUUUGAUGAGUGCCAGCCAUUCAAAAUCGCUCUUGGAUUUAUAUUUUCCCAGUUGUAGAAAUUGAU